CUCUUUAAUAAAAAAUUGUCUUCAUAUUUUGUUGUUACAUUAAAAAUAUUGGUGGGGCAAUGUGCAACGUACGAUGAAAACUCAAUUCGUGCUCAUUUGUGAAAAAGCUAGCGCAAAGCAAACAGCGGCAACGGAAUUCAUAGUAUUUUCGGGUAUCAAUGGGGACUACAAAACAAAUAAAGUAGAAAAAAUUGAUAAAACUACAAGGAAAACAACAAAAAACAUUAAAAGUGAAAGGCAUACCUGUGAUUACAUAUUAAGCAUCGAUCAAAAGCAUCACAUAACAAACGGAGAGAGAGCGAAAUGUUGUCCUAUAUUUUAAAUUAUGACUUAACAAUCCACAUCCUAACUGGACUUGGAGUCUAUAUCCUACUCAUUUACCUGUACGAAUGUUUCCGAUCCCCAAUUCAGAUUUUUUGUAAUCUGGUGAGGCCCCUUUUUCAACCAGAAACGAACAAAACUCUCGCCGAACGAUAUGGUGAAUGGGCUGUCAUCACCGGUUGCACAGACGGCAUUGGACGUCAAUAUGCCUUUGAGUUUGCCAGUCGCGGCAUUAAUAUUGUCCUCAUUUCCAGAACUGAGAGUAAACUGGUAAAAGUUGCCAAUGAGAUCGAGGAGAAAUACAAAGUCAAGACAAAGUGGAUUCAAGCUGACUUGAGUCUGGGUCGUUCAGUGUUCCCGCAUCUCAAACGCGAGUUGCAGGGGAUACCGGUGGGCAUUUUGGUAAACAAUGCCGGACGCAUGUACGACUAUCCACAGCGCUUUGAAGAGGUGAACGAAGAUCUGCUGUGGGAAAUAAUGAAUUUGAACAUGCUUUCGUUGACGAUGCUCACACACUUUCUGCUGAUUGACAUGAAAAAACGCGGCAAAGGAAUAAUUGUGAACAUUUCGUCGGGCAGUGAGGCACAACCAUUGCCAUACACGGCAAUUUAUGGUGCCAGCAAAAUAUUUGUGAAAAAUUUCACGCUAGCGCUGCAACACGAGCUACGGAAUCGCGGUAUUGACGUGCAACUAAUUACGCCGAUGUUUGUACGCACAAAAAUGAAUGAGUACUCGACGACCGUAAUGAGUGGCAAUGUAUUUUGCCCGGACGUCGAGACAUACACUCGAUCGGCAGUCUUUACGCUGGGCAAGAGUGAUAGAACGACCGGAUAUUGGUCACAUGGAUUGCAAUAUGCUGUGAACAAAAUGGUACCGGAGUGGGUGAGGACGUGGGGAGGCGCGAAAAUGAAUCUCCAAAUGCGCCGGGAAUAUGAUGCCCAACAAAAAACUCAAUAAAUGCUAAUUUUGAUUGCUGGGAUUUUUCAUUCUUUUGCUAAAAAUAAAAUAAAAUAAAUAAAUA